CUCUUGUUCCAAAGUGGGCGUUGUUCACCACGAGACUUCGGCGGGUUUACACAGAAAGCGCGAAUAUCUGUUGUUCUAAACUUCCGUUUAUUUCCGAAAACGUAAAAUUGCAUCCUGCCGUAGUACAGACGAAUUUUAUCUCCGACGUCACAAAGUGAUAUCUAAACCGGCUGAACAACCAAGGAAAGUUUGCUCUUCAGUUUCGAGCGGUCCUUAUCUUUAUACAUGGACCAACAGGCAUUCGUCACGUGCGCAACCAACGACACAUAUGCUUUAGGUGCUUUAGUUCUAGCCCAUAGUUUGAGGAAUGUGCAGACGACGAGAAAAUUAGCGAUCAUCGUCACACCUCAGGUUACGAAUAAAAUCAGGAGUCUCUUAGGAAAUGUUUUCGAUCUUAUCAAAGUUGUAGACGUCUUAGACAGCAAAGAUGAAGCUAAUCUGACAUUGCUCACAAGGCCAGAGCUUGGAGUCACAUUCACAAAAUUUCAUUGUUGGAGGCUCACACAGUUCCAGAAAUGUGUCUUUCUCGAUGCCGACAUUCUAGUCGUACAAAACUGCGAUGAGCUAUUCGAUAGAGAAGAACUUUCUGCCGUUCCAGAUGUUGGGUGGCCAGAUUGUUUCAACUCUGGUGUAUUUGUAUUCCAGCCCAACGAAGAAACUUAUUCUGCAAUAAUCAAAUUUGCCAUCCAAAACGGAAGCUUUGAUGGUGGUGACCAGGGAGUCUUGAACAUGUUUUUCAAAGACUGGAGGACAGCUGACAUAUCUAGGCAUUUGUCCUUCAUUUACAACAUGAAUGCCAAUGCCACAUAUUCCUAUCAACCAGCAUACAAACAGUUCGGUAAAGAUGUCAAAAUUGUUCAUUUCUUGGGUCAUAUCAAACCAUGGAUGCAAAUGUACAAUAGUGAAACGGGUCGAGUUCAGCCCGACAGUCCUCAUUCAUUUGAACAUUUACAGCUUUGGUGGGACCUAUUUAUGAGACAAGUCCAACCCAAUCUCACAGAAGAAUGCAGUGGCAUUGCAGGAGAACUUUCCAAGCUUCAAAUAGGACCAAUCGCUCCAGGUUCAUCAGCGUUCAUCCAGAGCUCAGAAGCCCGUCGAUAUGCAUGGGAACGAGGUCAAGUGGAUUACAUGGGUGCAGAUGCCUUCUCAAAUAUCGAAAAGAAAUUGCAAGAAUCCAUAGAGGGGUCUAAAAAAUAAAUCGCGUAGUCUUGAAGCAAUAGAGAAACGAUAAUGAAAAACUAAGAAUUUUUUAUCCAUUCUUCAGACGUUUUCAGAAAAGAGUUGACAAUACAUAUCGACAAAAACAAAAUAUUAACGAUUUCUGGUGCGCAUUGAGGUUCUGUUGCAACUAUCGAGUACAAACCUGGAGCGAGAAUUUAGGUAGAAUCGAAACGAAUAAUUUACAGUUUGUUGUGCAAAAUAAAAAAAUAAAACAAGUCCAUUUAUUUUAGUACAUAUUUGCUAUCAACUGAAAAGUAAUGAAACUCGGCGGUGAACAUUUUAAGUAUGUGGAUGUUAAGAAUUGCAAAUCUUCCAAUGUUAAAACUUAAUUUUCCCACCUUUAAUAACUGUCUUGUAUAACAUGAUAGAGUAACUCCAGUUUGGUUUUAUAACGCUUCCAUUAUAGUAUGUUAAAAUGUUUAUUAAACUAAAUUUAGGAUGGAUUCUGAAAAAUAUUUAUAUCUACAUUAAAUGUAUGUACUGAUUAGAUUUUGGAAAGGUUGCAGAUUGGUUGAGCAAAGAAAAUAUUUUAAAUAAAAUGGUUUUAUCUUGCCUUAACAUUUGUAACUCUCGAUGUCUGUUGCUGCUUUUUAAAAAAUAAAGUUCAUUUAAAAACAUUUACUUACAAGACAUUUUAAACUUAAUAUUUUUUAAUAAACCAAUAACCCCAUUAUAAUAAGCAGUGCAUUCGAGUAAACUAUGUCAUUAAGUUCUGGAAUCAUACCUUGUUCUCAUAUUUAUAUCGAUUUACGGAAGACAUCGAUUUGACUUCACUUCACAUCAUUAUGGAUUUUAAUCUAAGAUACUUCGUUAGUGAAUUAUUCGUUCAACAAUUUUAUUUCUGAAGACUUUUCGUUUUAAAAAAAAGCUGCCGAGAGACACCAAAGUUCUUUAAGCUUCCUGGUAGGAAUGGUUUAAGGGGCAUAUUCAUCUCUAACACACCAACUAUUGUGUUAAAGUAACCUUGUAUUGUGUUAAAGAUGAAUAUGCCCCUGAAUCUAUUAUUUCGUUUUUUGACUUUAUUGAUUCUUGUAUAAUAUAUUCGUUUUCAAAGCAACGGAGUGUAUUAUCUAUUAAUAAACAUUGCUCAGUAUUUGUUUCAGUGCCAAAUAUAUUUAAUUGUUUGUUUUCAAAACAUGUUUAUUACAAAACUAUUUCCUGUUUUGUGUGAUGUUUGUAAAGUAUUUUCAUUGCUUUGCAAGUUUCUUUGUUCUUCAGUUUUUUUUUUUUUUUAUAAAUUCACUAAAAUCUAUGCGAAGUAGAGAACCUGUUUUACUUGUAAACUCAAUUAUAGAUCACAAAAUGAAGUUUUUAAAUUUAUUUAUAACUUUGUGAAACUGGUCAGUGCUGUUAAAAUAAAAGCUGCUUUUAUACCUUAAA